GAACAUGUUAUAACAGGAUGAAAUUCUUAAUUGUAUCAUUCUAUUAAUCUUAAAACAUAUAACAUUUGAUUUAAUCUGUAUGCCUGUUUGACUCAAUAUUCAGCAACCCAUCCAAAUCAUUAACUUCAGGUCUUCUCAUGAAUUUUAUGGGCACAGGUAUAUAACCAACCCCUGAGCCAUGCAGACUGCUUCGACAAACAUUUGUGAAAAAAUUAGUCGCUCUCAGGAGCUCAAUAUAACACUAAAUAUUCCACAGUUAACUGUUAGUGGUAUUAUAACAAAGUGGAAGUGAUUGGAAACAACAGCAACUCGGUUCGGUGAAGGGGGGAUUAUGGUGUGGGAUUGUUUUUCAGGAAUUGGGCUCAGCGCCUUAGUUCCAGUGAAAGGAAACCUUAAUGCUUCAACAUAAAGAGACAUUUUAGACAAUUUCAUGCUCCCAACAUUGUGGAAACAGUUUGCGGAUGACCCCUCCCUGUUUCAACAUGACUAUACACAAAGCAAGGUCCAUAAAGACAUGGAUGAAUGAGUUUAGUGUGGAAGACCUUGACUGGCCUGCACAGAGUCCUGACCUCAACCUUGCAAAACACCUCUGGGAUGAAUUGCUGCAGAGACUGCUAGCCAGGCCUUCUCGUCCAACAUCAGGGUCUGACCUCACGAAUUGUGCAGGCUCAUCAGGCCAGGCGGUGUUUUUCCAGUUUUGACGAGCCUGUGUAGUCUCAUUUUCCAUUCUUAGCUGACAGGAGUGACACCUGGUGUGGCUUUCUGCUGCUGUAGCGUGUCUGCUGCAGGGUUUGAUGAGCAGUGCAUUCAGAGAUGCUCUUCUGCAUACCUCUGUUGUAACAGGCCAUUGCCUUCCUAUCAGUUUGUCCAUUCUGAUGUUUUCUUGAACUUCAGCAGGUUAUGCUGCCCAGCAUACGUAAACAGCACCAUUGCAUUUCUGUUAUUAUUAGAAGACAAUAAAAUUCAAGUAAUACAGUGAAACACUAAAAAGAACACCACAACAUGAAAGUAGGGGUUUUGAAGUAAGCAGCACAGUGAAUUGCAGCAGAGGUGCAGGUUGAGAUCAGGAAUUUGUACGCAGCACAUAAAAUCAGGAACUGCUGGGAAUCUAUGUUGAGCUUGAAUUUCUGUUAGUUUUGCAUUUCAGAGAAGCUUGGCACCACCCAGGUAAGGUGGAGGCUUUCACACGCAAAUGAAAAUGCUGUGAGUUAUCAAAAUGCAAAUGAGGUUGGGGGGCGGGGGGGCGCCACACCGGCCGGGAGUACCUGUGACCUUAACCUCGCAUAUAAUUGGAUGAGGUUUCCAUGUGACCAGAAUCUUGCAGGUGAUUGGAGGAACCUCGCGAAGAGCAUCUCUUAUUACCAUAUGAGCAUGUUAUUCUCCGCCUGGUGAGAAGUUGUCAGACUGGGUAGAUUUAGGACAGCGUGUGUUGGCGGCUUGGAUUUUCCGUGCAAUGCCGGGACGUCGUUUCUCUUCCAUCGCUCCGGGAACUCCUCCGCACAGACCGGGGCUUGCUGCUCCGGACAGCAGAGACCACAAACUGCUCACUGCUGUGAGUGGGCUGUCUCGUCAGCUGGCUCGGUUUGCUGCUGAUGUGAAUGAGCAACUAACAGCGGUAAACGCAAAACUGCACUCCAUAGACGAGAGGAUGACCGCUUUAGAAGAAGUAGUGAACUCCCGCGCUUGUGUGGAGGAGAAGAGGAAAAGACGGGCGCACAAUCCCAAGAUUGCGGAGGCGGUGCGUCGUUUUCAUAACGCCAAGGGAAAUCGCAAGCGCUACAAUCCUGAAGAAGGACUGAGCUCGCCUCACAAUGAGGCAGUCACGUCUCAUUUGGUCCAAGCUCUGGCUGAAAGUCCGGAUUUGCACAACGUGGCUAGAGAUGCCAUUCUCUCUGCCUGUAAAACAUACUAUGAGACCAUACGGAGGAAUUUCCGCUACAGCCAGCCGGACCUUGCAGCCCAGGCUGAAGCCAUGAAGACUGCAGCCCGCAGCCGUCAGAGGAGGAAAAGGCUGCUGGAAGCCAGGCAGGGAGUCCUCAGUGCAGAUGAACUGGACUUCUGGAGGGGUGUAACAAUUGAUAUGAUGUCCGAUGAGGAGGAUGGCGCUGUUGAGGGGGUGGCUGGGUGGAUUGUUAGGCCUCCUUCCUUUCGGAGCAAAGAACUCACUGAUCUGUGUGCGACUCUUCAGGCUAGAUUGGAAGCUAAUCCAAAAUACACAGCUACACAUCACAGACGUCUGCAUAUUGGACCAGAUUCAGACAGAAAUCCUCCAAACGCAUACGACCCAGACGCAGCAAAGAAACAUUUCAAAGAGCAUCUUAUCCCCAAGAGAGCUAUGAAUCAUCACAACUUUGAGAACAACUGCACUAGUUACAAAGCUGAAGAACUACUGAGCUCGCCCGAUGACACAGACAUGUCUCCUCUGGACGAAGCUCUAGCUGAAAGUCCAGAACAUCACAGCGUGGAUAAUGAGAUCCUCCGUGUGACUGUGGCCUAAUGAAACGAAUUAAAUCUCUGACCGAAUGUCACCUCAAGUCAAUCUCCACACUACCACUGACCUGUAUACACACAUCAGGCGAGACUAGAAACUAAUCCUAAGUGCACAUCUGCAUAUUGGACCACGUUUGGACAGAAUGUUACCAUACACAUAAAACUCAGAAGCAGCAAAUGACAUUUUGAUGCUCCAGGUAGGGGCAAUAUUUUGGAGGUUUUUCUAAACGUAUUUAUACCAAACAUUAUAUUUUAUAUUGUACACUUUAUCCUUGGUCUCUUAUAACUGUCUCAGACUACAUAAAUGACUGACUGACUGAUGAGAUUAGGCAGUUAUAAAAUCAUACAAUCUUGGCUUUUCCAGUCAAGAGUUUAUCAAAGUUUUGAUCAGUGGUUGCCAGUUUAGAGUUCUAGUCAGUGACUUAACCUUAAUGAUUUGGGGCCAUCAAGGAUACGUUGCUGACUAGAACAGCAGAGCUGAAAUUAAAAGGAAAUGCUCUCUUGAACUGGCCCUGAGGCUCUCUAUCACAGUAUGACAUGAAGCUGAUGUACAGCGGUCCCUUCUUUCCUUUUAGCGCCUCAGUUUUUCCUCUCAGGAGAUCAAGAAGCCUCUGAGAUACAGCAGUAGUUUUCUUUUAUUAUCACACAAUUAACCAUCCAUUUUCUUAAUCAUUGUCACAGUUGACAUAGGAUGACAGGCAAGUCCAUUACAAAGCUGCGGGAAAUCAAUGUCUUUCCAAACCUGCUGCCAGUUUGAAAUUAACCCGACAAACAUAUUGUUGGGUUCCGGAAAAUCGUGAAGAAACAGAAGGAACCAGCAGGAUUUAACCAAGAACUUUGUGGCAAUGUUCAGGCAUCAACAUGGUUCAAUGGUGGUCACAUCCUAGAGACCGCUAUGAGGACUGCUGUCUACAUGUUGUAGCUGAUUAUGGUCAUACAUGACGGGCCUGUGGACUACUCUUGUUAGUGCUGUUAUUGCCAGCAGCAGAGAAGAGCAAAGUUAAAACAUAGAAAGAGCAGAAGUGAAAUAGUGUCUAUUGUGUCUGUUCUU